AUGGCUAAAAAGGGAGGGAAAAGUAAAAGUAAAAGAAGCAAUCAAAAGAUAUUGAAUGCUUUUGAAAUUGCUGAACGUCAAGAGAAUGCUUCUAAUUCAGAAGACGAAAAUUCAGGUAAUGAAUCAGAUAAUUUCCAAGAUGGUGUAAUGGAUGCAAGAAAAUUUUUGAAUCAAAAAUCUGGAGAUUUUGAAGAUGAAGAAAUUGAUUCUGAUGAAGCUUUGGGUUCUGAUGAUGAUUAUGAUGUAAUGAACUCCAAAUUCUCCCAAACUUUAAGAGAUAAAGCAAAAAAGUUGAAAACUAAGAAUAAGCAAAGAUCUAAAGGUGAAGAAGUAUCUAGUGACAGUGAAGAUGAAGCUUAUGAUAGUAUAGAUGAAGGUGAACUUGUAGGAUUAUCUGAAGCUUGGGAUAUGGAUGAUGCUGAUUUGAAGAAGUUUGAAUCUCAAGGAAGUAAGAAUAAAGAUAUUGUACUUGAUGAUAAUUGGGAAAGUGAAUCUUCUCAGGAUGAAGAGGAAGAUGAUGAUGAAGAUGACGAAGACGACGAAGAAGAAGAAUCUGAAGAAGAAUCUGAAAACGAAUCGGAUAUUUUCGAUGCAUCUGAUGAUGAAGAUGUUGACUUAUCAAAUACAGUCAGUCAAUUGAAAUCCAAAUUGAAGAAGCCUCGUAAAGAAACCAAGAAAUUGAUCUCUGAGUCAAUUGAAGAGAGUGAAUUCAAUAUCCCUACCACUAAUAAAUUAUCCAUUUCCGAUAUGAUGGCAGCUGUUGAUGGUGCAACAUCAAAAGACGCUAUUUUAAUAGAAGAAGAAGCUAAAGCUUUAGAUGCUCCAUUACCAAGAAACAUACAAAAAAGACACGAAAGAAAAGCUGCAUAUGAAAUAACUAAGGAAGAAGUUAGUAAAUGGGAAGACGUAGUACAACAAAAUAGACAAGCAGAAGUAUUAAAAUUCCCAUUAAAUCCCACAGUAAAACAUAAUGAUUCAGCUAUAACCUUCAAAAGUGACAAUGUUCCUAUCAAUGAUAUGGAAAAACAAGUUCAUGAUCUUUUAGAAAAAUCAGCAUUAAUUGAUGAAAAGAAAGAAGCAACUUUUGAAGAGUUAGCUAUGGCCAAAUUAUCACCUGAAGAUUUAAAGAAAAGAACUAAUGAAUUAAGAUUAAUGAGAGAAUUGAUGUUCAGAGAUGAAGCAAGAGCUAGAAGAAUAAAGAAAAUCAAAUCUAAAACUUUCCGUAAAAUAAAGAAGAAGGAAAGAUUAAGAGAACAAGCAUUAGUUGAAGGAUCAGAUGAUUCAGAUAAAGAAGAUCAUGAUAGAAAACGAGCUGAAGAAAGAAUGAAUUUGAAACAUAAAACUCAAAGUAAAUGGGCCAAGUCUAUGAUCAAAAGUGGAUUAACUAAAGAUGCUUCUAAUAGACAAGAGUUAGAAGAAAUGUUAAGACAAGGUGAAAGAUUGAGAUCCAAACAAUUGGGUUAUGAAGAUGGUGAACAAAGUGAUGAUGACAUUUCUGAUAUUAAACAAGAAUAUAAAGAUGAUGAAGAUCAGAGUGAAAUCAAGAGUAAAUUGGGUAAAGGUGUUUUAGCCAUGGAUUUCAUGAAGAAUGCUGAAGAACGUAAAAAGACUGAAAAUUUACAAGAACUUGAAAAUUUAAGAAAGAUGGAAAUGGGUGAAGAUAUAGAAUUCGAAGAUGCUAAUGCUGUAAAUAAGGUAAUUAACCAAGGAAGAAGAAUAUAUACUCCAGCAGCUGCCAAUAUCAAAGAUGAUGUUAAUGAGAUGAAUGAAGAGAUCAGAAAAGAAAUUGAAGAAGAUCAAUCAAGAAACCUCGUUAAUCAAUUAUCUAAGAAGAGCAUUAAAGUUGUUGCAAACAAAGAAUCCAAAGAACCUAAGGAAUCUAAGGAAUCCAAAGAACCAGAACCUAAAGAAUCUGUUGAAGUUGAAGCUAAUCCAUGGUUAUCAACAGGAGAAGUUAAAAAAUCUUCUAAAGCCAAAAUCAUCGAUAAAGAUUCUUCAAGAGAAGCUAAAGCCGCCGCCAAAAUCAAAAAUAGAACCAAAAAGACUCAAAUAUCUGAUGAAUUCAUUGACAUGGAUGAAAAUCUAGAUAUUGAUGUCAAUGAUGAUGAUAAUGAUGAAUUCAAACAACAAGAUUUAAUCAAAGAAGCAUUUGCUGGUGAUAACGUUGUAAGUGAGUUCAAAAAAGAGAAAAGAAAAGUCAUCAAAGAUGAAGAUGAUCAAGAAGAAGAUUUAACUUUACCUGGAUGGGGAGAUUGGGCCGGUGGUAAUAAGAAAUCCAAGAAAAGAAAAAUCGUCAGAACCAUUAAUGGAGUAGCUCAGAAAGAUAAAAGACAAGAUAAGAAUAUGAAGAAUGUUAUCAUUAAUGAAAGAGUUAACAAGAAGAAUUCAAAAUAUCAAUCAUCCGAAGUCCCUUAUGGGUUCGAAUCCAAAGAACAAUACGAAAGAUCUCUCAGAAUGCCUGUUGGACAAGAAUGGACUAGUAGAGAAACUCAUCAAAAACUUACCAUGCCUAGAAUCAUCACCAAACAAGGUUCAGUUAUUGAUCCUUUAAAAGCACCCUUUAAAUAG